AUGACUUCGUCAACCUAUCCAACGCUUCCUGAGAAGCUUCUUCUCAUAUCGUUGAAAAUGUACUUUACCCCCGAGCGCACUCUCAGCUACCUCCACAGCAUCCUUGACCCUGCCAAGGAAAUCGUCCAUUCACAGAACCGAGACAAGCUCCUCCUCGCACUGAUUCCAGAUUUCUUGACCAUCUGGCCCUGCGCAGAGGUCAUCAAGACAUACGAGGCUCAACUCGCCACUUCAGGCGUCUCCAAUACUUCGCCAGCAUUUCUCCUCGGGGCCCAAGACUGCAUGUGGGAAGCGUACGGCGCAUACACCGGUGAGGUCUCCCCGGCUGCGCUCAAGUCACUCGGCUGCUCGAUCGUAGAGCUAGGACACGCCGAGCGCCGCGCAAUCUUCGGUGAGAAAGAUGACCAGACGGCCCGCAAAGCGGCCGCCACAUGUGCGCACGGCAUGGUGCCACUCGUCUGCGUGGGCGAAGUCACCGCGCCUGGAGCGGUAGCCUCACAAGCAGUUGGUCAAGCCGUAUCUGAAUGUGCGCUUCUCGUGCGUGCCGUUCUUGCUGCGAUUCCCGCCGAGGCUCCUGUGAUCUUUGCAUAUGAGCCUGUGUGGGCGAUUGGGAAGCCCAAGCCCGCCGGGGUGGAUCAUGUCGCUGCUGUUGUGGAGGGGAUUCGAGAGGUUAUCGGACCGCGAGCGGGAGCUUUGCGUGUGUUAUAUGGUGGGAGCGCUGGGCCUGGUCUCUGGGGUGCUGGUGGGUUGGGCAAGGCCGUCGAUGGGAUGUUCCUCGGUCGAUUUGCGCAUGAAAUUGAUGGAGUACGCAAAGUCGUCCAUGAAGUGGAGGAGUCAUUGGGCUUAAUAUGA